AUGUGGGGUCCCUCUGUGCCAUGGGGGUCCUGUCCUGUCCCAUGCCUGUGUCCCCCUGUCCCCGUGUCCUGUCCCCGUGCCACGCUGCUGUCCCCUUGUGCCAUCAGUGUCCUGUCCCCCUUCCCUCUGUCCCCGCUGCCGCCUGUGCCAUGUGGGGGUCCUGUGCCAUCGGAGUGCUGUCCUCUGGAGGUGCUGGGGCACCCCGAGGUGGGGGCCCUGCUGCAGGCGCCGGUGCUGGGACCCCUCCUGCCCCCCGAGACCCAGCGCAGCCUCGAGAGCUCCUGCAUCGCCGCUGUCAAGGCGAAGGUGGAGGUGGCGGUGGCACAGGAGCUGCAGCUCAGCGAGGACACGUGGGCAGAGGAGGCCUCCAGCCAGGACCUGCAGGAGGGACUGGCCACCCGCGUCACCGGGCUGCUGCGGGCGCACGUGGAUCGAGCCCCCCAGAUCACCCCUGAGUUUGGCAUGGAGAUGGCACACAGCCUCCUGGGCGUGCUGGUGGCCUUCCUGCACAGUUUCCAGCGGAAGGUGGAGCGGUUCCUGGAAGCCCCCGGUGAAGCCACGCCACCUGACAGUGCCACCGGCCGCGCCAUUGCCCUGGUCAACUGCUGUCCCCCCUUCAGGACCUUCGCCGAGCGCCUGGCGCAGUUUGGGCACCCCGAGAGCGAGGAGCCCCGGCGCCAGGCCCACGCCGCCCUGGACAAGGUGACCCGGCUCUGCAACCACGUCCUCACCCAGCGCCUCUUUGAGGACCUCAAGCCCUACUUCAGCAAGCUGAUGAAGCGCAAGUGGCUGACGAGCUCCGACGCCUUCGACACCAUCGUGAUGCUCAUCACCAGCUUCACCCAGAAGCUGCGCCCGCUGCGCCCUGAGCCCUACCAG